UUUCAACUUCGACGAAACAGCAAUGGAUGGUAAUUUAGAAACACAAGACACUGAAAUGUUCGACUCGCACACACAGGCUGUGACUGUUGAUGUUAUGCCUGAAGAACAAAUUAAAGACAAGGAUGAGGCCUCACUUGAAGACGCAUCCAAAGACGAGCAGCAGGAUGUCAUAGACAAUAGUAUGGAGGAAGGGGAGCUAAGAAACGUGGAAGAGGAGGAGAAUAACAAUCAGGCCAUGCGUAGAUGCAAGUACACAGAAGGUCAGUGGUCCCCUCUUAACCCCAAUGGCAAGAAGCACUAUGACCGCGAGUUUCUGAUACAGUUUCAGUUUCACAGCACCGCCACAACCAAGCCUGCUGGCUUUCCCGAUAUACCUGGCAUUGUACUUGAAAAGCCCAUCUUUGCGGCUGGUAGUAGAGGCGCAGAUUAUAUUGACUUCAAUCCCAAAUACUUCUGGCCAGGAAAAUCUGGGGACAAAAAGGAUGAGGCCUCACUUGAAGACUCAUUCAAAGGCGAGCAUCAGGAUGUCAUAGACAACAAUAUGGAGGAAGGGGAGCUAAGAAACGUGAAAGAGGAGGGAAAUAACAAUCGGGCCAUGCAUAGAUGCAAGUACACAGAAGGUCAGUGGUCCCCUCUUAACCCCAAUGGCAAGAAGCACUAUGACCGCGAGUUUCUGAUACAGUUUCAGUUUCACAGCACCGCCACAACCAAGCCUGCUGGCUUUCCCGAUAUACCUGGCAUUGUACUUGAAAAGCCCAUCUUUGCUGGCGCAGAUUAUAUUGACUUCAAUCCCAAAUACUUCUGGCCAGGAAAAUCUGGGGGCAUAAAGUACACCACCUCCACCGACAACUGCCAAUAUUUGACUACCACUUUUAAAGAAGCAAAGUCAAUACAUGUUGAUUUCCAUGGAGAAGAUCAUGAGUCUGCACUUAUUUUUGAUAAUGCUUUAGGCCAUCCGGUUGUUGAUGCUAAAGUUACAUUUGAGUUAGAUAAUCAGAAAGGUGAACCGGUUUUUGAUUCAACGUCAAGUUGUCAUAGAAAAUGUGAGCCAUGCUCAUUUGAUGAUGAAAUCCGGGAAGCUAGUGGAUUUUGUGUUAAGUGUUUAGAAUAUAUAUGCAGUGACUGUUGUCGUGAUCAUCGAAGAAACAAAAUGACAAGAGAUCAUUUGGUUUUAAAGGGCGAUGAUAUGCCUGAAGAUUCUACGCAGUAUGCCAAAAUGAAUGAAUUAAUGAAAUGCCCAGUUCAUGCUGAUAAUGAUAUCUCUUUUAAAUGUAAAGAUCAUGGGGAAUUUAUAUGUUUGUCAUGUUUUGCUGAAAAACAUCGAACAUGUGAACAUGUUCUUGAUAUAGCAGAAAACGAUUAUGCCGAAGAAUCUUCCCAUGUUUUGUUAACUCAAUGCGAUGCGUUAAAAGCAAAAUGCAGAUUUUUGGCAGAACAUAGGGAAGUUGCGGGGAAUGUCCUUAUUAAAGAGCGCGAGGCGUUAGAAAGUAAAGUGCAUGCUAUAGCAGAAGAGCUAAGAUCACAUAUAGCUUUAUUGGAAGCUCGUUUUAAAAAUAAACUUGGAAAACUGUUUCGUCAAGGAAUGUUUGCAAUAUCCAAGGAAACAGACCUCAUUGGAGAACAUCAGGCAAAUAUUGAUGAACUGCGAAGCUUGGUUUCAACUGUAGGAAGCCAUGGCUGUAAAAGAGAGGUCAUUAUUAUCAAUAAGCACAUCCAAGACAGGCUAAGAAAAAUUGAUGCCAAAUUAUGCCAAUCAACUGGAAAGAAACUAAGGCAUUUAAAACUGACACAAGCAAUUGAUAAGACAAGUUUUACUUCACUGGCUACUUUAAAACUUGUAAAUGAACAUGUUAUUGUACAUGAAUCUUUGAUUCAGACACAGAGCAGUAGUGAUGAAAUUACUGAUGCUUGCAAACAUCCAGAGGAAGAAACAGAGGAAAAUGAAGUAAAACCAAUCAAAAUGAAGACAACUAAAUAUAAAAUAGGUGUUGGCAAGCCAGAUUUAUCAAAGCAACAAACCACAUAUAUUCCUAACGUUAACACUUCUAAAUCUACAUCAGAUGUUCUUAAAACUCUUACACCAAUGCAGAACACAUCCCCUAAUCCAAAUUGGUUUAUCACAAAUACUUUAGAAAAGAGGUCCUACAAUAUUAAACAUAGUACAAAUAUUGCAUCAUGUUACAUCAUAGAUUGCACUGUCUUGCCGGAUGGACAAAUUGCAAUUCUUGACUAUGGAAACAUGUCACUAAAACUCUGUUCCCCUGACUUUGACAUUACAAUGAUGCUGCAGUUUAAUGACAGACCAGUUAGUAUUUGCAGUGAAGCAAUGUUCACUGAUGACACGAUAAAGAUAUUCAUAAGCUUUGCAAAUAGCAAACAGAUAAUAUGCUAUAAGGUAACUCCAAUAGCAAUUGCAAAAGCAGGUAAUUUUUCCCUAAGUAUGUAUCCAAUAUGCAUCAGAAUGGUGAAUUGCAGUCUGCUGAUAUUGGCAUCGAACAGGAAAAGACUAGACAAUAACUUUGCUAAAUCUGAUGUGGUUGAACUUAGUUUGCGUUGUCAAAAUGGAAAGAUAAUUAAGGAAACUAAAUUUAACAUUUCUGAUGGUUCAACUUUUAUGCAAUCAAAGGUUAUUUCGGUUUCUGGGUCGACCCUUGUAUCAAUUGCAGGAAGGGAAGUUGCAGGUUACCACUUUGAUCCUAGCUUAGACAGGUGGAUUGGGAUGAAACUGUGGUUUUUGGCAACAGAUCAGUUACUGACAUAUGUUGAGGUUGAUGCGGAUGGGAAUGCUUACAUUUGUGGCAAAGACAAAGAUGUUGUUCAACAAGUGUUGAUUUCUCAAAAUCGACUCUCAGUGAAUAGGAACUUUGUAACUGGUGUUCACCUAGCUGCUUGUUUGUCAAUCGAUUCAGAGAGACAUAGGGUUAUUAUUGGUACUAAACACGACGAAAUUGUGGUGUGCACAUAUUAAUAUUUUUUUAAAUAACUGCACAUACAUUUGAUUUUAGAGCUUAAUGAAGCUGAAAAUUGAAUUUUACAAGGUCAUGUUAAAACCAUUAAUUAUGCAUAAUAACUAUUUUUGUGUACUUUUUCUACCAUUAUCUUGAAGCUCAAGCACGAUUUUUACAAUUUGUGGAACAUAGUUAAAACUUUCCUCCAACUUUACAUUAAAAAUGAAAUAUACAUAUGUUACAUGUAAUUUUGGAGUGAUUGAUUUUGUAUAGUAUGGUUAGCAUAAUUAAGUGUAUAAACUACUCAAAUGCCCAAAUACGACGGAUGAUUCAAAUAAGUUGUGGGUCGUAAUGAAUUCACAUCUUUUUCAUUUAAAUCCGAUUUUAGCUAAAUGACUGCAUUGUUGACAUAUCGUGAUAUGCAUGAAAUAUGUCAAUAACAUUUGGAAUGUAAAUCUGAUUAUGGGAAUAUGUGACAUGUUAUGUUUAUUUUGUUGUUUAUUUAUUGUACUUAAUGCGUAGUAUGGGUAUUUAAAGUUGAAGUGCCUUUGUUUUAUGUGAAUGAUAUGUACAUAUGUAAACUACCAUUUGUAUAAUGUAAAACAUGUGACACAUAGCUAGAGUUGUAUGGAAAUAAUAUGUGUGGAAAGUCGUGUUGAUUAUGUAUAUUAUAUGUCAAAUAGUAUGUGCAGUGCAAGUACGUAAAUAGUAUGUGAAAUUUCAUGUAUAUGAUGCGAACAAUAUGUAGAUUAUCAUGUGCAGUAUUUAAAACGUAGAUAAUAUGACGUGUGUAUUAUGUAAAGAAUCUUUGGAAUGCCUAUUGAAUUUCGUGAAUAUACAGUUUUACAUGCAUAAUAUAUGGAAUUUUCUGUGUAGAGAGUGAAUAAUAAGUACAAUAUCCUGUGCAUUAUGUGAAUAAUAUGUGGAAUGUCCUGUCAUUAUUUAGCUUGACUAUUAUAUAUGAAAUAUAUAUAGUGGAGCUAUCCUACUCACCCCGGCGUCGGCGUUCCCGUUAGCGUUAGCGUGCAAAUGUUAAAGUUUGUGUACUACCCAAAAUAUUUCCUAUGUCCUUUGACAUAUUGCUUUUAUAUUUUGCAUACUUCUUUACCAACAAGACCCCAACCUAUAAACAAGAGCAGGCAACUGUAUCAAGCAUUUUGACAGAAUUAUUGCCCCUUUUAUACUUAGAAUAUGCAUAUUAUUGAUAAAUUUAUGUUAAAGUUUGCGUACCACCUCAAAUAUUUCCAAAUAUUUCCUAUGUCCUUUGACAUAUUGCUUUUAUAUUUUGCAUACUUCUUAACCAACAUGACCCCAAUCUAUAAACAAGAGCAGACAACUGUAUCAAGCACUUUGACAGAAUUGUGGCCCCUUUUAUACUUAGAUAAUUGAACAUUUUGCUUAAAUUGCCACAACUUCUUUAUUUAUGAUCACAUUUGAUUCAUUCUUUGACAACACAACACUUACCUGACAUACCACAAUGCACUCCUCCCAUAACCAUCCCCCAUGCCCCAGCCCAAAAUCCCCCCGCCCCCCCCAAAAAAAAUAUAUUUUGUUUCCUUAUUUUUGAAAUAUCAUCUAUUAAAUGACCACACACCCACAUUAUACCCCCCCCUUUCCAUUAUGGCUUACGUUAUACUGUCAAGCACUCGAAUAGUUGAGCGCGCUGUCCUCUGACAGCUCUUGUUUAAAUAUUUUAUUAAUAUGUAGACUGCCGUGUGUUUUUUUUGAUAAAUAUGUAACAUAUCAUAUCUUUGACAUGAAUAAUUUUAAAUUUCAUGUCUAUGAAGUGAAUUACAUGUGGAAAUUUCUGCAUAUUGUGGGAAUAAUGUUAACCAUAAACUGUUUAUUCUAUAAUAUGUAUAUUGUCAUGUGUAUGAAGUGACUAUUAUGUAGAAAUCUUUUGUUGUAUUGUAGAUUGUGUAAAUCAUACAUGAAGAUAAUACAGUUCACGAAGUAUG